AUGUUUUUCAAGUCUCUGGACCUGACGACUGCAUUGCGACCCUUGCUGUUACCUGACGAGACGCUUCUCUUUGUCCAGGAUGCGGUGGGGCUAUAUGAGGGGAAAUAUAAGAUCCCCGACUACCAAAAUGGCCAUGCCUACUUGACAUCGCACAGGGUGUGCUAUGUGGCAGCUGAAGAUCCACGUAAAUACUCUGUGGGCAUCGAUCUGAAGGAAAUAGACCGAGCCGAAUACCAGGCUGGCUUUUUCAAGUCAUCGCCGAAAAUAACCAUAUAUCCGAAGCCUCAGAAGGGCAAGACCGACAAAUCCCGGAGUGCAACUUCCAGUCCUGCUGUAUCGCAACAAUCCUCCCUCCACCCAGGCAACCCAUCUUCUCCUCGGCCGCAGAGUGCCGUGCCACAGAAGUCGUCGUCCCCGAAGCCAGUCAACGCGACCUGGAUUUGCCCGAUAUGCUCCUUCUCCAACCCCCUUCCCUCUCAUUUCGACCCGGCCACGGCCACCGCGGCCACCCAGUUGCCACCAUGCCUCGCCUGCGGUAUCAAGCCGCCUUUCACCACGGUCCUGAAGGCUGCGAUCAGCGCCGCAGCAAGUCACGAUUCCCCCUUAUCCAGUACAAACUUAUUACCCGCCGAAGAUAACCAGGCCCAAAGGAAUGGCAGUCGGUUGGGCUCCUCUGAACCCGCGGGGUCUGUAUCGUGCCCCCGAUGCACUUUUGUGAAUCAUCCAUCCCUCAUUGAGUGUGAGAUGUGCGGCGCGCCUUUAAUAAGCGGGGGCACCUCUAUCACGAGAGACGAUGCAAGUCGCGCGAACUCCCCUGCCCCAUUCUUCGCCCAAUCGCGCAUCACCAACACAGAAGUGACUGAGAGCGUCAAGCUUUCCUUCAGGGAUGGCGGGGAGAAAACAUUCCACGAGAGGCUCAAAGGGGCCUUGAUACAACGGAAAUGGCUACUCCAGAAUGCACCGCCCGUGCCUCCACCCUCGCAGACUGCCGCGGCCUCGCCAAGCAUUCCCGCCAUCGCUGCGCCGGAGAGCCCCCAACCUGCGGCCCCGCGUAUAACGGCUGUGGGUAUUGCGGGUCUGGAGCAACGAGGGCUAGAGACGCGAAUGAAUAACCAACUGGUGAUUGGGAACGCCUUUGAGGAUCUGGAGGCGCUGAUGGCAUCUGCAAAGCAGAUCGUUGCUCUAGCUGAGACUCUGGCCCGAGAGUCAGGGAUGGCUACUAAUGGAGGGGCAUCUGCGGAGACUAACGCGGUGCUGUCAGAAUCCGCCGCGGCAUUGGGAAUGGUGACUACGAAGGACAUGCUCAGCUCCGGGUCAGAGAAUCUCUAUCUAUCCGAGCUGUCACGCAACCUGGCCGAGUAUCUUACGGAUGACCGCAAGGGCAUCCUACAGCGGGAGGGCGGCAUCAUGAGUCUAAUCGACCUCUGGGCGGUGUUCAACCGGUCCCGUAAUGGAGUCGAACUCGUGAGCCCUUCUGACUUCCAGCGGGCGGCCGAGCUCUGGAAGAAGCUGAAGCUGCCGGUGCGCCUGCGCCGGUUCAAGAGUGGCCUCUUGGUGGUUCAGCGCUAUGACUGGAGCGACGAGAAGACGGUUCGCCAACUUCAAGAUUGGAUGGAGGAGUUGCGACGAGUCCCACCGGACGAAUCGGUUCCGUGGGAUUGGACUGUGUUUGGCCGGGCCGUGACGGCGCAGGAGACAGCCCAGCGAUUCAAAUGGAGUGUGGGUGUGGCCGCGGAGGAACUGGAGAUGGCAGAGGACCGGGGUGUGCUUUGCCGGGAAGAGGGGAUCGAGGGGCUGCGGUUCUGGAACAACCACAUAGCAAGCUAG